AUGCUCGUGGUAGACGGCGGCCGAGCUUUGACUGGACUCGCUAUUGGAGCUUCUUCGACAUUGAUCCCGGUCUACAUCGCGGAGUGCUCACCAGCCUUGAUCCGUGGCAGGCUUGUCGGCAUCUUCGAAAUCAUGCUGCAGACAGCGCUUGUGUUUGGCUUUUGGGUCAAUUAUGGCGUGGCACAGAAUAUCUCUUCACAGGGAAACACGCAAUGGCACGUGCCGGUGGCCGUACAGUUUGUCCCUGCCGGCUUGCUCCUCAUCACCAUGCCCAUGUUCUGUUCAGAGUCUCCAAGAUGGCUCGUUACCAAGAACAGAAAGACUCAAGCACGAAAGGCUCUGUCUUGGGUUCGAAAUCUGCCUGAAGACCACGAGUACAUCAGCCGUGAGAUCAUGCAGAUUGAAGUCAGCGUCACUCUUGAGACCGAGGCCAAUGGCGGGGAACAGUCCACGUGGAAGGUGUUCCGAGAACUUCUUGUUCCUGGUAUCAGGUGGCGUGUGUCCAUCGGGGCCCUGCUCAUGGUACUUCAGAAUCUUACUGGCAUUAAUGCCAUCAACUACUACAGUCCAACCAUCUUGCGUUCAAUUGGCUUCAGCGGAACUGAUGUUGGCCUCCUGGCGACCGGGGUUUACGGCAUAGUCAAGAUGAUGACGACGCUUGUUUUCAUGAUGUUCUUCGUUGACAAGUUCGGCAGACGACCAGCCCUUCUAAUUGGAGCUAUUGGGGCAAUGGUGGCCAUGUUCUAUUUGGCGGGCUACUCCGCGUUGUCCGGCUCAUUCGAAGUUGCAGCUUCAGCAGAUGCCGGGGCUCGCACUGCCCUGGCUAUGAUUUACAUUUACGCCAUUUUCUACGGCUUCAGCUGGAAUGGAAUUCCGUGGAUCUUCGCCUCCGAGGUGCUGCCCAACCGAGUCCGCACGCUUGGCAUGAUGAUUGCGGUUUGCGCACAGUGGUUGGCGCAGUUCAUCGUUGUGUACAGCCUUCCACAUAUGAUAAACAAGAUAACCUGGGGAACUUUUCUUUUCUUUGGGGCGUGCACGGUAGUUGCGUUCAUCUUUGCGUUUUUGUUUGUUCCGGAGACCAAGGGUGUCCCGUUGGAGGAUAUGGACAUGUUAUUGGGAGCUGAUGCUCCUCUACUUGCCAGACCGGCUCGCAAAAGGUACUUGGAGGCACGGGAUGCUGGAUUGAGCAACCUAGUUCUUCACAUGUCUCAAGAGAAGGAACAGGUGGAGCAGGAACAUGUUGAGGGUGAACAGGUCUAG